AUGUCUUUAAAUCGAGUAAUUCUAGUGGACGUGUUAUCGGUGUUGUUUGGGAUCAGCUCUUGGAUAGCCGUCAACGGUGUGUGGACUCAGACACCACUACUAGUGCAGAGACUGCCCGAGCAGUGGAACCUAACCUCCUAUGUGGUAAUGAUUGUUCAGUUGGCAAACAUUGGGCCCAUUGUUUACUCUAUACUCAAAUUUAAAUACUCACUCAAAGCCGUAGAGAAGCCAUGCAUUCACGCGACUCUAUUGAUCGGUUCGGUCGCGUGUCUCCUAUUAGCGCUGUUUUGGGACAAAAUCACUGUUAUUAAUGGCAGCAAACAUUCGGUCGCUUUUCUCACACUAACGGCACUGUUAGCUGUGGUCGACUGCACCACAUCUGUACUCUAUCUGCCAUUUAUGGCACACUUUAAGUCUAAAUAUCUGGCCUCGUAUCUGACGGGUCAGGCGCUCAGCGGACUCAUACCUAGCCUAUUGGCGUUUGCGCAAGGCGCCAGCGAUAACCCGGAGUGUAUUACUUCUACCGACACACACGAGGUAUACCCAAAAUACCCGGAGCCCCGUUUCUCUGUAGGGGUGUUCUACGGGUGUCUAUUAUGUCUGGUUGUGCUAAGUUGGCUGUCGUUUGUAUUGCUCAACCGUAUGAGUCGGUGUCGUAAAGAGUGGGUCUUAUACUCAAAAAAGAGCGCCGACUUCAAGGGCCGGGCGUCGGACCGUACGGUCAGCACCGGUAGCGAUGUCUCGUCGUCUGACGCCAGCGUUGACUCCAGUCCCGAGUCUUGUGGCCAUAAAAGUGACCAAAAACUGAAUACAGAGCCCUACGAACAAACCAUAUCCCGGCGCACAUUCAUCGCCCUAUUGUUAACUCAGGCCUACAUAUGCUCUCUAACCAACGGACUAUUGCCCAGUAUUCAAAGUUACAGUUGUAUGCCAUACGGAAACACCGCCUACUUCUUGGCGGUGAACAUAUCGUCAAUAGUGAAUCCCAUAUCAUGUCUGAUAGCGUUUUACGUGAAGCCCAAAUGGAUUAUCGCAACACUUCCCGGUGCUAUCGGGUUGGGAACGGUUUGUGCAAUCUAUGCCAUGGUUACGGCCGUACUGUCGCCCACACCACCCCUCCAACACACGGGCACCGGUAGGGCGUUGAUUGUGCUGACAUGGGUGGGCAUUGCCGGCCUGUUUGCCUACUCCCGGGCCUGUAUAGCAACCGUACUCCGUAAUAAUACCGCCGGUGCCGGACAUAAGUCGCUAUUCUUUUGCGGUGUAUUCACACAAAUAGGUUCAACAGUGGGCGCAGUCAUCAUUUUUAUAUCCACCUCUCCUUGUAGUUAA